AUGGAGUGUCUCAAGUUCGCCUCUUCCACUCCUUCUCCCCGCUCUGGGAUGUUUGGGAAACAGUUGAGUUCCUCUCUUCUCACUGUUGAUUCAUCUGCACAGUUCUUCUGCUGCAAGGCUGAUUUUGCUGCUGCAUCUUCAAGUAUUCAAUUAUCAAAUAUCAGAUAUUCUUGCAGAUUUUUUGCCAAAGUAAAAUGGAGCUCAAAGUCAAAUCGGUCCACCAACCAUUGGAUAUUGCAUUCUACAGCACAGAUAGACAAUAUGAUCACAAGCAAUGAAGAUCGAAGUAUGUGGGAAGCAUGUAAGCAAGCUCUUUGCGCGUUUAACUUGAGCGAAGAAGAAAAGGACAAGAUACUUGGAAAAGCAUUUGGUCUUGUUCAUUCUCCUUAUUGGGGAGAAGAUCAUAAGAAGGAAAUUCCCAAAUCAGAGACAGUUAAUGAGACAUUAGAAUAUCUAAGGAGUUUAAAUCUCUCCGACGAUGAUCUUUCCAAGUUGCUCAAAAAAUUUCCAGAAGUUCUUGGAUGUAAUUUAGAGGAAGAUUUGAAAGCUAAUAUCAAGAUCCUGAAGGAGCAGUGGAGUAUUGAAGGAAAAUCUCUUAGGAACCUUCUCCUUCGAAAUCCAAAAGUUCUGGGCUAUAAUGUUGAUUGUAAAGGCGAUUGUAUGGCACAGUGCACUAGAUGCUGGGUUCGAUUCUAG